CCAAUUUUUUUUUCUAUUAAUUAGUCAGCGUUCACGACCCAAGGGCACAAUCCCUUCCCUCCGUACAAAUACAAGGCCAGUGAGACUCCGAUUAAGCUUAUUUUAUUUUCUAGGGUUUCUGCCGGCCGUCUCCCAGAGGAGCUGUUGCCAUGGGGAGGAGACCUGCAAGAUGUUACCGCCAGAUAAAAAAUAAGCCAUACCCAAAAUCACGCUAUUGCCGUGGCGUGCCUGAUUCCAAAAUCAGGAUUUAUGAUGUGGGGAUGAAGAAGAAAGGAGUGGACGAGUUCCCAUUCUGUGUUCAUUUGGUCUCAUGGGAAAAAGAAAAUGUCUCCAGUGAAGCUCUUGAGGCUGCACGCAUUGCUUGCAACAAGUACAUGGCAAAGUUUGCUGGGAAGGAUGCUUUCCAUUUGAGAGUCAGGGUGCAUCCAUUCCAUGUCUUGCGUAUCAACAAGAUGCUUUCAUGUGCUGGAGCUGAUAGGCUCCAAACUGGUAUGAGAGGUGCUUUUGGCAAACCACAGGGCACUUGUGCAAGAGUUGCUAUUGGUCAGGUGCUUCUGUCUGUUCGUUGCAAGGACAGUAACAGCCAUCACGCACAGGAGGCUCUUCGCCGUGCAAAAUUCAAGUUUCCUGGUCGCCAAAAGAUCAUUGUCAGCAGGAAGUGGGGUUUCACCAAAUUUAACCGAACUGAUUAUGUGAAAUUGAAGUCGGAGAAUCGGAUUGCACCAGAUGGUGUCAACGCUAAGCUUCUUGGAUGUCAUGGACCCUUGGCAAACCGUCAACCCGGAAGGGCAUUUUUGCCUGCUACAGCUUAAGUAGUUGCUUCUGCCGAAAAAUUACCCUUUGAAAAGCUUUGUUUCCAUUUCUUGAAGACUUGUAUUGUUGGAUGUUAUUUUUAUUAUCAUAUGCUAGUGCACUAUCCAAAGUUUAUUUUGAGGAUGUAAUAUGAAUUUCUUGUGAUCAUUGUGGUUUAAAUUUUUGGGUCAAAGGUGGUGUUUUAUUGUGUCCCCCUGCAUGGCAUUACUAUAACCAAUUUACAUUAGGGGUUGUGUGGUUUCGAACUGAACAUCCGAAUUGUUAAGAAUCGGACAAAACUAAACUUAUUUUAGGGUAUUGGUUUGGUUUUGAUUUUUAAUUAACUGUAUUGGAACUGUCUGAGUGGUAUUGUAUUGGAAUAAAACGGAGAAUUGAUUUUUUAAAUA